AUGGCUUCCCAAACACCAGCCGUUGUCAUGGACAACGGAACCGGCUUUUCCAAACUCGGAUUCGCCGGAAACGAUGCUCCUUCGUGGGUCUUCCCUACUGCCAUUGCUACAAAAGGACCUGCCGCUGGAGGUGGCGGGACCGGCUCUGGAAGACCUGCGGUUGCAAACAAACCUUCCUAUCUGACUGGCGGCGCCGGAGCCAGUUCCAACUUGGCAGGCAAGCGCGGGACAGAAGAUCUUGAUUUCUUCAUUGGAGACGAAGCUCUCGCUGCGGGUGCUGGUCCCGGAUACGGAGUUCAUUACCCAAUUCGCCAUGGCCAAAUCGAGAAUUGGGAUCAUAUGGAACGCUUCUGGUCAAACUCCAUCUUCAAAUACCUGAGAGUCGAGCCUGAAGAUCAUUACUUCCUCCUGACAGAACCCCCUCUCAACCCCCCAGAAAAUCGUGAAAAUACUGCAGAAAUUAUGUUCGAGUCCUUCAAUUGCGCUGGUCUUUACAUUGCUGUACAAGCUGUUUUGGCACUAGCAGCCUCCUGGACUUCGUCAAAAGUGACCGACAGAUCGCUUACAGGCACAGUCAUCGAUUCCGGAGAUGGUGUCACCCAUGUUAUUCCAGUGGCCGAAGGUUAUGUUAUUGGCUCUUCGAUCAAAAGCAUCCCGAUUGCUGGGCGGGACAUCACCUAUUUUGUUCAGAGUCUUCUACGAGACCGAGGUGAAGCAGACAGCAGUCUGAAAACAGCAGAGAAGGUCAAGGAGGAGUACUGCUAUGUUUGUCCAGACAUGGUUAAGGAAUUCGCUCGUUACGAUCGGGAGCCUGAUCGAUUCCUCAAGCACACCGUCACAGCUCCCAAUGGGAGAUCUGUUUCCAUCGACGUUGGCUACGAACGCUUUCUCGCCCCUGAAAUCUUUUUCAAUCCAGAAAUAUAUUCCUCUGACUUCCUGACACCUCUACCAACCGUGGUUGAUGGCGUUAUUCAGUCCUCACCAAUCGAUGUCCGUCGAGGACUUUAUAAGAACAUUGUUCUUUCCGGCGGUUCGACUUUAUACAAAGACUUCGGCCGCAGGUUGCAGAGAGAUAUCCGACACUUGGUGGACGCCCGUAUUAAGGCAUCCGAGACACGAAGCGGAGGAGCCAGGAGUGGUGGUUUAGAAGUCCAAGUAGUAACGCACAAACGACAACGACAUGGGCCAUGGUUCGGAGGCAGUUUACUUGGUCAGACCCCGGAGUUCAGAAGCUACUGUCACACAAAAGCAGAGUACGAUGAGAUAGGUCCUAGCAUUGUCAGGAGAUUUGCUCUUCUUGGUGGACCAGGUAGCACUUAG